GAAUGCUCUUUCUGCAGUACCAAGUUCGGUCUUUAGGUGGCGCUACGCCCUCUUGUUGGCUUCGAAGCGGCACAUCUGAAAGGAAAAGAAUUAGAGCACCAGACGGUCAACAUGGCGUUUAAUUUUGGCACGGGUGCAGCCUCAAAUCCUGCUGCUAGCACAACCGGGUUCUCAUUCGGUUCGUUUGGUGCAAAAACCACCGCAUCAACAGCAUUUGGCUUUGGCACCCCUGCAACUACCACCACAGCUGCCUCUGGAUUUGGCACGCUCACCGCUCCGAGUUUUGGCACGGCGACCACUACAGCCGCCGCACCUGCAACAGGAUUUUCUUUUGGCUCCACCAGCACGGGAAGCUUUGGUGGCUUUGGCACAACCACGACCACAGCCGCCGCGCCGGGUUCCACGUUUAGCUUCGCAUCCUCGGCCAACACUACAGGGAGCCUCUUUGGGGCCACACAGAACAAAGGCUUCGGUUUCACUUCCGGCCUCGGUGCCGGAACAGCCGCCGGCACCACUGGGUUUGGAACUGGACUGGGAACAACCAGUCUGGGUGGGUUUGGUGGCUUCAAUCUCCAGCCCACUCAGCAGCAGCAGGGAGGCUUGUUUGGUCAGCCUGCCCAGCAGCAGGCUCAGCCCAAUCAGCUGUACCAGCAGGUGACGGCUUUGUCGGCGCCCACUCUGCUGGGGGACGAGCGCGACUCCAUUCUGGCCAAAUGGAACCAGCUGCAGGCCUACUGGGGCACGGGCAAGGGCUACUUCAGCAACAACAACCCCCCUGUAGACUUCAACCAGGAAAACCCCUUCUGCAGGUUCAAGGCUGUGGGCUACAGCUGCGUGCCGGUCAGCAAGGAUGAGGACGGCCUGGUGGUCUUGGUCCUCAACAAGAAGGAGAUGGACGUGCGAGCGCAGCAGCAGCCGCUCGUGGAGUCGCUGCAUAAAGUUCUAGGAAGCAACCAGACGUUGAGCGUCAAUGUGGACGGCGUCAAGUCCCUGCCCAACGACCAGACAGAGGUGAUCAUUUACGUGGUGGAGCGCUCCCCGAACGGCACGUCCAAGCGCAUCCCCGCCUCCACGCUCUUCACGUACUUGGAGCAGGCCAACAUCAAGGUGCAGCUCACGCAGCUGGGCGUGGCCAUGUCGGUCACGCGCACCGAGCUCUCACCGGCGCAGCUCAAGCAGCUUCUCCAGAACGCCCCAGCAGGGGUGGACCCCAUUAUCUGGGAGCAGGCCAAGGUGGACAACCCUGACCCAGAGAAGUUGAUCCCAGUCCCCAUGGUGGGUUUUAAAGAGUUGCUUCGUCGACUUCAAAUCCAGGAGCAGAUGACCAAACAGCAUCAGACCCGAGUUGACAUAGUCUCCAACGACAUCAGCGAGCUCCAGAAGAACCAGGCGACAACUGUGGCCAAGAUCGCCCAAUACAAGAGGAAGCUGAUGGACCUCUCACACCGCGUGUUGCAGGUGCUGAUCAAACAGGAGAUCCAGAGGAAAAGUGGGUACGCCAUCCAGGUGGAUGAGGAGCACCUUCGGGUGCAGCUGGACACCAUUCAGUCGGAACUCAAUGCCCCCACGCAGUUCAAGGGUCGCUUGAAUGAGCUGAUGUCCCAAAUCCGCAUGCAGAACCACUUUGGUGCCGUGCGAUCGGAGGAGCGCUACAAUGUUGACGCGGACCUCCUUCGUGAAAUCCGACAACACCUAAAGCAGCAGCAGGACGGCUUGAGUCACCUAAUCAGCGUGAUUAAAGACGACCUGGAGGACAUCAAACUCAUCGAGCACGGCCUGAGCGACAGCGGACACGUACGAGGCGGCAUCCUCAGUUGAGAUGACUGGCACGCCCACACACACACCCGACGCGCUCACAAUCUCAAUAUCCAUCCUCUGAUGCAUGUUUGUCAGCAUGAUGCUUUAAAUGUGUUUCCCAGUGACGGACGGACUAAUCUGUACUUUCUGAAUUGAUAACAGAAAGUUUACAGGUGCAAAAUAAUAUCCUUCGCCCUCCAUGUAAAGUCAGAUUAUGGAUAUGAGACUUCAAACACAUUUGUACAUACAUCUUUGUAUUGUUUUUAUAUGCCACUAGAACGUUAUUAAAAUGUAAUUUUAACUGGAA